AUGGCUAGCCGGAAGUCGAUAUUGUAUCUAUUUGAUGUAGACGGCACCCUCACCAAGCCGCGACAGGUGAUCUCGGAAGAAUUAAAGAAUUUCUUAUUGGAGAAGGUGAAAUCUAAAGUAGCCGUAGGGCUCGUUAGUGGAUCCGAUUAUGUCAAAAUAGCUGAACAGAUGGAUGGAGCUGAAGUCGCUGCGAAGUUCGAUUAUGUAUUCUGUGAAAAUGGUGUCGUGCAGUAUCGCGGCGGCAAGCUGAUCAGUUCGGAAAGUAUUCUCGGCCAUCUAGGGGAGAAGUUGUUACAGAGAGUUAUAAAUUUUUCACUAGGCUAUAUGUCCAAGAUUGAAUUACCAUCUAAGAGGGGCAAUUUCGUAGAGUUUCGAUCUAGUAUGAUCAACAUCUGCCCAGUGGGGCGGUCCUGCAGCCAGGCAGAGAGAGAUGACUUUGUAAAAUAUGACUCUGUACAUUCAAUAAGACAACAGUUUGUAGAUGCAUUAAAAAGUGAGUUUAAGGAUUCUGGUUUAACAUUUGCUCUUGGUGGGCAGAUCAGUGUUGAUGUAUUCCCCACUGGGUGGGAUAAGACCUACUGUCUCAAACAUGUUGCAGAUCAAAACUUUGAAGAAAUUCAUUUCUUUGGAGAUAAAACUAUGCCAGGUGGUAAUGACUAUGAGAUCUACAAUGACUCUAGGACAAUCGGGCACAAAGUGAUCUCUCCCGAGGACACCAAAGAACAAAUAGUAAAAUGUUUGAAUGUUUAAAACUUCUCAAAACUGUAUUAUAUUGUAAAUGACUAUUAAAUCAAUAUUUCUUUUA